AUGUAUGCAUCUGGUGUUGCAAAGCCCUUACAGGCCUGUCCGAGUGAUAGGUUGCAGAAGUUGCUAAACUUCUCGCAAUACGAAGAUGUUUUAAAGAAGGUGGACGUAGAAGGACUGUUUCUACAAUUAAAUGAAGAUGGACAAGGCAGGACAGCUAGUGACCUGUGGAGUUUAGUACGGACAUACUUUAUCAAAAGGAAGAGGUUCAAGGUAAUAGGGCGAUUCCAAGAUAUCGUUCGUCAAGUCCAUUUUAGGAUAUUGAGUCAAAGAGAUAAAUAUUUGGCACAAUCUGUGACACAGUUAGAUGUAUUGGAUGUCUCUUUACAACUGGCCAAGGAGUCAAGAAGGCUGUUCCUGGCACUGUCAUCUUCAGACAUAGAGGAGUUUACACGUUCACAGGGAAAAGAAAUUCGUCUUUCUAUAGAGAAUAUACUGAGAUUCAAUGAAGAUCUACGCAAGAUGGUUAUCACCGAAGUGUUAAAGACAAGAAGUCUUUCCGGAUCUAUUUAUGUCCUCAAGUUCUUCAUACAGGUCGGGUUAAAACUUUUGUAUCAAUUACAUGACUUCAGUUCAUUCAUUGCGAUUGUUCGAGGUUUGACAUCACUUCCUUUGUACCAUCUAGAUUGGAUAUGGUUGGCACUCUUCAUACAGGACCCGUUUACAUUUUGUCACUUUCUGGCGAUCCGACCGUUUCAGCACCCAGAAAAGCAGCACGCUGCAUAUACCUCUCGCGUGACCACGUGUUUAAAAAGAAAAGAAGCAUUUGUACCGUUGUUAGAUCAUAUUCUAGAGCAUUGUUUGGGAAAAGCAAAACAUCAACAAAGCUCCGUUUCAACAAAUUUAGUCGAAAUGAAAAGGAAUACAUCUUCAAUGCCGUCAAUAAAUAUAUUACUAGAAUCUCAAAACAAACGGUCAGUAACUGACAUUCCAGAUUCCUCACACAAUAAGCUAAUAAGAGCUUUAAAUUCAAAAACAAACGUUUCUGAAGUAUAUAGUACUAUUUCACCCAAGAAGGAAAUGGCAUCAUAUUACACGCAAAUCCAAUCGAAACAUGACGUUCCUAACGAUCAAGGAGCACAUCGCAAAGGGAUGAAGCAGUUGGUUUCAAGUUUUAUUGAUUGUUCGCCUGAAUUGAACACGCAUGAUAUUGACAGGAAUACAUACGGUAAACGUGUGCCUGCACUAAAGGUUAACAAUAUUGUUAACAAUGGAGGGAUAGUUUGUGAAAAUCAAGACAGAGCAAAUGAUAGCGAAGUGAAAUAUAAAAGAUCAUCAAGUGUGGAUAAUAACAAUACGUUUAAGGUGAAGGAUAACAUAUCGGACACACGUCAGAAAAUUAAACGUUCUAGUCGAGAGAACUACACACGUUCAAAUAUUGGAAAUAGAUAUGUGGAAAGUUAUGAAGGAUCACUGUACAGUAUUCAAUUAUUUCUGGGGCGCUAUGCAAAACAGUUGAAAAUGUACCCACAAUUAUUACAUUACAUGGAUCAUAGAAUAUCUAAAAUUCGCGAGGAAGCUAACAUAUCGGACACAAGUCAGAAAAUUAAACGUUCUAGUCGAGAGAACUACACACGUUCAAAUAUUGGAAAUAGAUAUAGUUAUGAAGGAUCACUGUACAGUAUUCAAUUAUUUCUGGAGCGCUAUGCAAAACAGUUGAAAAUGUACCCACAAUUAUUACAUUACAUGGAUGAUAGAAUAUCUAAAAUUCGCGAGGAAGCUAACAUAUCGGACACAAGUCAGAAAAUUAAACGUACUAGUCGAGAGAACGACACACGUUCAAAUAUUGGAAAUAGAUAUGUGAAAAGUGAUGAAGGAUCACUGUACAGUAUUCAAUUAUUUCUGGUGCGCUAUGAAAAACAGUUGAAAAUGUACUCACAAUUAUUACAUAACACGGAUCAUAGAAUAUCUAAAAUUGGCGAGGAAGCCGUCAAAAGGUUUAAAAGUGAUGAGGCGGUUGGCAAACGUAUUGCCAUAAUUGAGGAAAGGCGUGACAAAUCACAGGUUUCAGUUUUCACAGAUUCGGGAACUCAAUUUGAAGAUAGAAUUGAAAUUGAACCUUGUACAGAAAUGUUAACGUUCAUGCAAAGACCUUCGAAAACAAAGCCACGAAAUACAUUCAUAGCGAAGUUUAUGAAGGUAUUUGGCAAAGAAAAAACUCCUGGCACUCUGCAAGGUUUCCAAGAUAACAUUGAUGAAAUAGCCGAAAUUUUGAAUUCUUUCGAAACAAAUGAAUUCAAAGAAGACGUAAGCAUUUCAUCAUUUGAUCAAAGCUAUGAAGAAUCAUCGUUGCUUCAAGAAAGUGUUACGGAGUCCGAACCAUUGACAACGCCAUCCCUUUCAGAAGAAUCUAAUAUGUCAGUUGCAGCGUUCUCUUCUACGAUUGAUGAAGCAGACAGCAAAUUUCAAGUUGUAGAGGAGGAUGCUAUACAACAACAGGUUCAAACGGAACAAGCUGUAACAAAGCCAUUCUAUAAAAUAGAUGAAAGCAUGAUAAAAAAUGAUAAUUCCAAAGCCAAAAACACGAGUGUUACAAUGUUAGAAACUGAGGAUAAUGAGAAAAUGACGGUCAGAGAUAAAUCUAAAUAUGAUACAAGAGUGACCAACCUUUGCAAUGGGGUAAAUUCGAACAUCGAUCUCGCAUUUUUACACAGGACAUACUCCUAUAUACCGGAGAUAAUAAAAAGAGACGGAAGGAAAUCAAAGUUAGAAGAAUCACUGAUCAGUGGGUACCAUGAAAAUGAAAAUACUACUUUCGAACAAUUAAAAAACAAUAAAUUGUGUGGACUUGAGAAAAAGAAAUCAAUCGUUUUAGACCUGCUUUCACCAGAUGAAGAAUAUAAUUGUGAUGGGCACGGAAAAGCUGGACCUUCAAAAAACUUCAGUAAACUUACAGAAUUUGUUAGAAAGUUUUUCAAACACAAGCAAAGUACCAACAAUUCAAAAGAAACAUCGUUGCUCCAAGAAAGUGUUACGGAGUCCGAACCAUUGACAACGCCAUUCCUUUCAGAAGAAUCUAAUAUGUCAGUUGCAGCGUUCUCUUCUACGAUUGAUAAAGCAGACAGCAAAUUUCAAGUUGUAGUACAACAACAGGUUCAAAUGGAACAAGCUGUAACAAAGCCAUUCUAUAAAAUAGAUGAAAGCAUGAUAAAUAAUGUUAAUUCCAAAGCCAAAAACAGGAGUGUUACAAUGUUAGAAACUGAGGAUAAUGAGAAAAUGACGGUCAGAGAUAAAUCUAAAUAUGAUACAAGAGUGACCAACCUUUGCAAUGGGGUAAAUUCGAACAUCGAUCUCGCAUUUUUACACAGGACAUACUCCUAUAUACCGGAGAUAAUAGAAAGAGACGGAAGGAAAUCAAAGUUAGAAGAAUCACUGAUCAGUGGGUACCAUGAAAAUGAAAAUACUACUUUCGAACAAUUAAAAAACAAUAAAUUGUGUGAACUUGAGCAAAAGAAAUCAAUCGUUUUAGACCUGCUUUCACCAGAUGAAGAAUAUAAUGGGCACGGAAAAGCUGGACCUUCAAACAACUUCAGUAAACU